UGGUAGGACACAUUGAGUAGGCAGCGAAAGCCACUCCUUUGGUCAACACAUCAUUCAUGUCAAACCAAUAUAGAGAAUGAGAUACGGUAAGUAGGCCUAAAUAAUAAAAUAAAAUAAUAAGUGACAUUAGAAUCAUAGAAUCAUGUUCAGAAAGUUAGGUCAAACAUUGAUAGGGCGAUAAUGCAAUAGGCAAUGCCCACCUCUGCACAGCUAGGGCUGGGUCAUCAAAUGUUACCGAAUACAAGUAGGGGAAAGAGAUUCCAGAAACAGAAACACCCACAGAACGCAGAGGAAGAAAACAACUGGACUAGAGACUUCAGGGGAAGCAAAACUACGCUGCCGACAUGCCCAUAGACAAGACAACGACGCCGCCUCGGCCAAAUUUGAUUGAUUUCCAUGGAGUUUCAAUGGUCCAUUAUUUCACGGACAACUGGGAGAAAAUUCAAAACUUCAAAGCCAGACCAGAUGAUAUCCUUAUUGCAACAUACCCAAAAGCAGGAACUACAUGGGUCUCCUACAUUCUUGAUCUUCUGUAUUUUUCGAAGACACAACCAGAUCGCCAGACAUCCACCUCUCUUAAUGAUAGAGUACCUUUCCUGGAGAUUACGAGCCUAAACCAAUCAUCUGGAACCGAUCUGGCUGACAGUCUGGAUACUUCUCCUCGUCUCAUCAAAACUCACCUGCCAGCCCAGUUGAUUCCAAAGUCCUUUUGGGAACAGGAAUGCAGGGUAGUGUAUGUGGCCCGUAAUGCUAAAGACAAUGCAGUGUCUUAUUUCCACUUUGACCGCAUGAACUACGGCCACCCAGAACCAGGAGACUGGAACAGCUACCUACAGAGAUUCAUUGAUGGAAAGAUGGUUUUUGGAUCCUGGUAUGACCAUGUGACUGGCUGGUGGGAGAAGAAACACUCCCAUCCUAAAAUCCACUACAUGUUCUUUGAAGAUAUGGUUGAGGACACAGGACGGGAGAUAAAUAAGUUGUGCUCCUUUCUUGGUUUGACCUCGACAACCAAAGAGAAGGAACAAAUCAGACAUCUAUCACAGUUUGAUAAUAUGAAGAAAGAUGACAUGGCCAACUAUUCAACUGUGGAAGUCAUGGACUUUAAGAUCUCUCCCUUCAUGAGGAAAGGGAAGGUUGGUGACUGGAAAAACCACUUCACCGUAGCCCAGAAUGAAAAGUUUGAUGAGGACUAUGAGAAGAAGAUGAAGAAUACAACGCUGCAGUUCCGCACUGUACUCUAAAGUCUGGCAAGGCUACUCUUGCAUCAUGAUUAAACCUAAGUGACUGAGGAGGAUAUGUUUGAGCUACAGGCUUAGGUUUACAAUGUCUGGUUGGCCUUUAUUUGACAUUUUUUAUAGAUUCAUAUUCUCUUUUUAUGGUCAUAUUCUAUUGCCUUCAAUAAAACUUUGAGAUUUUGUUGAACAAAUUAAAAAACAGCCCCACACAUAAAUAUAGUGGGUUGUAAGAAAAACAGUUCCCCUUAAAAAUAAUAUAGAUUCACAAGAUUUUUUUGAAUAUUAUACAGUGUUGUUUCUGUGUACGAUAACUAUCAAUUUAAUCAUAUAUUUCUAAAAGAAAAAAAUAAAGUUCUGUUAUUUAAUAGUGAUUAGCUUCAAGCAAUCACUAUUACAACACCAUGUAACGCUUGAAGGAGAUUGUAGAUAGAGAUCAGUGGUCCAACAUGCUUGUUUGCACGUUAUUGUACCUGGAAUAUUAUCUAACAACUGACUAGCCAUUUGAUUUCAUGACACUGACAAAACCUUGUUUAUUGUGCGAGUUUUUAGAGAUAUUCGCUAGAGGAAAAAUACUUAAAAAGACACACUUGAGGAACUUACAGCCCGUUACAGAAGAUACAGGUAUUUUGAAAUUAAAAAAGUACAAACAUUUAUUUUCAAA